GAACCACAAAAAGAACCGUUGGAUUUAUCAAUGUCAGGAAUGUAUGAACGACGGAUUGGACCGUCAGAUCUAUCAGCGCCUUAUGUGAGAGAGGAACAAAUAGAAUUCAACGAAAUUGAUCAGAAUGACGCAAGCUCGUUGAACGCACCAAUUCAAGAAGUGAGAAGGGAACAAACAAGUAUAGGAAAUAUGCCGAAGAAAAAGUGGCUUAAGAG